CAGCCUCAAGCGGUGUGCAUUUUCUCAGCAGUUGGAACUGUUUUGAGAGUCGCAAUGCCAGAGGUGUCGGCAAAAGGCGCUACUAUCUCCAAGAAAGGCUUCAAGAAAGCGGUCACCAAGACCCAGAAGAAGGAGGGCCGGAAACGUAAGAGAUGCCGUAAAGAGAGCUACUCCAUUUACAUCUACAAGGUGCUGAAGCAAGUGCACCCGGACACCGGCAUCUCCUCCAAGGCCAUGAGCAUCAUGAACUCCUUCGUGACGGACAUCUUCGAGCGCAUCGCAGGCGAGGCGUCGCGCCUGGCGCAUUACAACAAGCGGUCUACCAUCACGUCUCGGGAGAUCCAGACGGCCGUGCGCCUGCUCCUGCCCGGGGAGCUGGCCAAGCACGCUGUGUCCGAGGGCACCAAGGCCGUCACCAAGUACACCAGCUCCAAGUGAGUUAGCACAACUCACUCCAACCCCAAAGGCUCUUUUCAGAGCCACC